AUACUGUGUCGUACACCACAUUUUUUUCAAUUGAGAGAGCUCAAAGAACUCGAUCCACCAUAUAUAUAUAUAUACACACAACUCACAGUUCAUUGUUUUAAGCUAUAAAUUGCUCUCUCAAAGCUUUACUUAGAGGAGCAAUUGAAGAUGAGUCUUUCAGUGGCACAGGGUUUUACGAAGUCUUUGGCGAUGACAGUGCUAUCUGAGAUCGGAGACAAGACUUUCUUCGCCGCCGCGAUUUUAGCGAUGCGUCAUCCUAGGAGACUCGUCUUGUCAGGCUGCCUUGGGGCUUUAAUUGUAAUGACUAUUCUGUCUGCCGUUGUUGGUUGGGCUGCUCCCAAUUUGAUCUCGCGUAAAUGGACCCAUCAUAUUACAACGCUACUGUUCCUGGGAUUUGGAGUAUGGUCUUUGUGGGAUGCAUUCCAUGAUGGGGGAGCUGAGGAUUUGGAUGAAGUUGAAGCACAGCUGGAUGCUGAUCUAAAAUCUAAUGGUGGAGCAACCAAGGAGAAGAAUCAGGAUUCUGACGAGUUAAAGAAGCAGAGACGGCCUCUUCUCAAUCAGUUCUUCUCACCCAUCCUUCUGAAGGCAUUUUCAAUUACCUUCUUUGGUGAAUGGGGUGACAAGAGCCAGCUUGCUACCAUUGGUUUGGCUGCCGAUGAGAAUCCACUAGGAGUUGUUCUUGGAGGAAUACUGGGACAAGCUUUAUGUACUACAGCUGCUGUCCUAGGAGGGAAAACCCUCGCAUCUUCAAUAUCUGAGAAAAUAGUGGCACUUGCUGGUGGAUCUCUAUUCAUUGUUUUCGGAAUUCAGUCCUUCCUUUCAACAGUCCAGUAACCACGGAGUUUACCUUAUGAACAUUUACCCCUUCUUUGGAAGUGAAUGAUGGUCUAGAUGCACAUGUCGUUUGCUAAAGUCCUCGAUAUGAAGGUGCAACAAUUAUAUAAAAGCAAAGAAGUCGGGCAAACACUAUUUUAUUAGAUAUUAGUUUCAUCAAUUUAGAUUAAGGCUCCUGGUGUGGCCAAGGCGAGCAGCCACUAUUUUUAACCUUUUCGCUGAAAGUCAAUUAUGUAGAUGAAUUGCAAUGGACAGUAGACACUAUUUGCUUAAGACAAGCUGGUUCUCAUGAGCCCAUUUUUAUGGACUACGGUCUUUUGUUAUUCA